GAAUAUUAUAAUGUCAUUCCCAUUCUUGUUUCAGAUGAAGAUUGGAACGGAGACCCGGCAGAGUCAACAAUAUAUUUAAUGCAUCAGCCUGUUCAAAUAAUCAAAUCCAGGGACAAAUCACCAGAAGCGAAUCCUAGAUUUUCCAGAUAUGCCGAACCACAAUUACCAUCAAUAGAAAAAGUAAACUACCGACCGAACAAGAAUGUUAGGGAAGAAAUCCAAAAAUAUCUGGAGAGGCCUGUCGCUAAAUAUACCGAAAAAAAUUUCAUCAAGCGGCAGAAGAGUCCUGAGAAUAAAAAUUACGAAAAACAGUAUGUCGAAAGGCAGAAGAGUUUGGAAAAGGAUAGGCACUCGAAAGACAUAGAUAAGAAAGAAAAUUAUAGAGACAAUAGAUAUUAUUAUCAUGAAGAAGAUGACAGAGAGAAAUACUAUGCUUCUGAAAGGUACCACGAGAAGGAAAAACCGGUCAAUGAUAUCUCGAAUAAAAUGGAAAAGGCCCAGAUGUAUUUUGAUGAUGAUGGUUUUGAUGAAAAUAUAAGAUACCGCCAAAAACAAGACUAUGACAAGGAACGAUCACGGUACACUUAUGAAGAAGAAGAGUAUUUUAAAAACAAACAACAGCCUAUGCCUAAAGUUCGUCAACGUUAUCCUUCGGAUGACUCAAAAUUUUACAAAGAGGCCUUUAGACAUGACAACAGUGGACCGAAAAGUCCCUCUAGAAGUUCUCCAGAUAACUCUAGGUAUUAUUCUGAACCUGAAAUAAAACCUAGAUCCAUGCCCAGGCCAACGCAAAAAGACAAUUUUUCAAAAUCACAGUCGAGAAGUGACAGAGAAGAGAAAUCGUUAAAAUCCCAAGAUUACUACGAUGACGGUAGAAAAAAUUGCCAGAUCAGAUCUGGUACUCCUAGUUCCGAUGAUAUUAAAGCACCUAGCGAUAGAUUUAAGAAUGCGAAAGAGAAAUUUAUGUUAAUGGAAAGGGAAAGAUUGGAGCACGAGAAAAGAAGACCGGAACCGCCUAUUUCUCCGACGAAUGUUAAAGACAAGCCAUUCGCAAAGCGGUACAAUGAUGUUGGGUACUCAAACGGACGAGAUAGAUAUUACAACGAACGUAGAGAGCACCAUUUUGAAGAACCGAAACCGACGCCAUUGCCAAGGCACAUUCCUGAGGAGGUCCGAUACAGGGAAAGAAACAGAGACAUGCAUUGCGAUAUGAGAGAGCGAGGACGGGAUUCUCCAUUAGUUAGAUAUCGCCACAACGACAAAUACGACAAAUACGAUCCGAAACGUAAGUCGAUGUUUUCUCUCAUCGAGGAAGAGCACAGGAAAAACUCAAACGAAAUAGCAAAAGAGCUAAAAAGACGGUCCUAUAUGGAUGGAGGAAACUACGAGGAAGACGUAGAUAUAACACCCAACGACAGAGAUAGAUACUAUCAAGAACUACCAGAAUCAGAGAGGUUUAUUGAAAACUAUUCAAAGUCUAGCGUAGAAAUAGAUAAGGUUGGGGAGAUGAAAUACGAUCAAAAGUUUAUAAAAAAUCAGAAACAAAGCAAAAACUCUGCCGGUUAUAGGCAUAGCUACGCAGAACCCAAAUUAAGAAUGGAAAAGGACCUUAGGAAAAAUUUAUCAGAAAUGUUACAUAGAACGAAUAGUUCGGUUGGUAAUAACGGUAGAGUAGGUAUAGCAAGCGUACAUCCUUAUUAAUAUAUCUUUAAGCAAGCAACUUAUAUUUUACUAAGAUGUAUCGGAGGGUUUGAUAUUUGGUUAAUGAGUAUUUAAACUUUAUUCAUCUGUGUGUUAUGCAACCCACAAAUCAGUCGAGCUUAUCUGGUAAUCGGUAAAUGUAAAUUUUUUUUUAUUAAGUUGGACUAUGGUUCGUUUUUUAACCAGGAGGAGUAAACUAAAAAGACAGAUUCACACCCAAGAAGGUUACUAGAAAAGUCAUCAAAUACAUCUUUUUUGGUUGAUUAUCUCGGUCUUGCGUUAAUCCAGUAAUCGUUAUCGGACAACCUCAUACAUCGAUUCAAACCUAACUUUGUUUAUUUAUAAUUUUUUCCAAUUCACUUCCAAUAUACAGUGGUGAGUGCCUUAUCACCCAGCUUUUUAACGUAAAAAAUAGAAAACACAGUUACCUUGUGAAAUAAAAGGAGAUGAAACUCGUAGAGGUGUGAAAUAAUAGAUAGAAACCUAUAAUUUACAUUACAUUACAUUACGACUAUCGAUAGUCUCACACCUUUAGACGUUACCUUCGAUCUAAAUCACCUCGGUCAUAAUUAUUAUAUUUGACAGUUUGACGUCGUAUGUGUGACGUAUUUCCAUUUUUUAAUUUAGAUAAAGUAAAAACUGAUUGACCACAAUAAAGCAAAAAUCUGAAUAAAAUAAUUUAAUUAAUAGUGAUUAUUUAUUCUAAAGUUUUAAAUUAUUGACCAAGAAUGAUUUCUACUAUGAUUUCAGGAGUUUCAUAACUCUUGUCGCAGAAUAAUUAGCAAUCCUUCGUGGAUUAGUGGUAAGAAUUCGACUCUGCGACGCAGAUGAUUAGAGUUCAAAACUUACAUGAGGUUUUCUUUUUUCUUUUUUUAAUAAUUUGAAGUUAUGCAG